CCGGGCGCAAACGCGCGCAGCCCCAGGGGAGAAGAGCCGGAGGCCGAGGAGCGCGCCCGCCGCUGACUUUUGCUUCUUCUGUUGCCUUUUUUUUUUUUUUUUAAACAAGAAGCCGCGAGCGGCAGCCUCACACGCGAGCGCCACGCGAGGCUCCCGAAGCCAACCCGCGCAGGGCGGAGGGAGGGAGGAGCAGGAGCGGAGGGAGGCGGCACCGCGUUUGCACCUUCUUUGCGCGCACCCAAAGAAGUCUCCCGGGGAUUUUGCAUUUCUUUUAACUUCCCUCCGGGCUCCCUCUGCGCCUCUCCCCUGCUUUUCCUCCCUGUCCCUGCACCCACGUCCUGUCUGCGCCCCCCUCGCGCGCCCCGCACCUCGCGUCCCUGCUCGCGCCCAGCCCGCCACUCUUUGGCCGCCGCUGCGCAUGGAGAGCUCUGCCAAGAUGGAGAGCGGCGGCGCCGGCCAGCAGCCCCAGCCGCAACCCCAGCAGCCCUUCCUGCCGCCCGCCGCCUGCUUCUUUGCCACCGCGGCGCAGGGCGCGCAGCAGCAGGGCGCGCAGCAGCAGCAGGGCGCGCCGCAGCUGAGCCCGGCGGCCGACAGCCAGCCCUCAGGGGGCGGUCACAAGUCAGCCACCAAGCAAGUCAAGCGGCAGCGCUCGUCCUCGCCCGAGCUGAUGCGCUGCAAACGCCGGCUCAACUUCAGCGGCUUCGGCUACAGCUUGCCCCAGCAGCAGCCCGCGGCCGUGGCGCGCCGCAACGAGCGCGAGCGCAACCGCGUCAAGCUGGUCAACCUGGGCUUCGCCACCCUCCGGGAGCACGUCCCCAACGGCGCGGCCAACAAGAAGAUGAGCAAGGUGGAGACGCUGCGCUCCGCGGUGGAGUACAUCCGCGCGCUGCAGCAGCUGCUGGACGAGCACGACGCCGUGAGCGCCGCCUUCCAGGCCGGCGUCCUGUCGCCCACCAUCUCCCCCAACUACUCCAACGACAUGAACUCCAUGGCCGGCUCGCCGGUCUCGUCCUACUCCUCAGACGAGGGCUCCUACGACCCGCUCAGCCCCGAGGAGCAGGAGCUGCUCGACUUCACCAACUGGUUCUGAGGGGCUCGGCCUGGCCUGGCCCUGGUGCGAAUGGACUUGGAAGGCAGGGUGACCGCGCAACCUGCAUCUUUAGU